AUGCUAAAGAUUGGUAGCAAAAGCGAAAAAGUGCCAGUUUUGAGACUCCACCAGAUCACAAAGCCUGUGAUCAGCAAGUGUAUGAGAGAAUACGUGAACAUUGUUACCACACCUGCCGUCUAUCUGGGCAUCUUCGUCAUCUAUGUCGGAUACCUGGCUUUCAGCAUUUACGGAGUAACCAUAAUCAACAUAAGCUUGACUGUAAGUAAAUUGUUUGCUGCAGACUCCCCGUUGCUGGAGCUGGAUUACUAUCGGGUGAAAUAUCAAUUGCCCGCGUAUUCGAUGGCGACAGUGUUUGUCUCAAACCCUGGAAACCUAUCAGACCCACAUAGACUUCGACGAAUCAACCAGUACGUAUCCAUUACUCUGCUGGUAUCGUACUUCAAGUUCGACUAG